AUGCAACGUGGAAAGUACACGGAAGGUUGGGUUGAUUUCAGGUCGACACCUAAUGGUACGAAAUGGUGAGCGUUCUGUAGAUAACUGUAUAGCUGGGGCAAAUUAUGUAUAUAGAUCUUUGUUGUAUGGCCUUGCCUUGAGACAAUUGCUUUUACUUCUUCAGCAAUUAAUCCAUUCACAUACUUCUUUAAAAAUCAAGAGUUCCGCAAAGCCUUUCGUCAUACCUUUCGCUGGUUGCCCUAAGAAUGAUUGAUGCAACGAGAAAAGUACCAGGUUGGGUUGAUUUCAGCUCGACACCUAAUGGCACGAAAUGGUGAGUGUUCUGUAGAUAAAACAGAUAUAGAGACAGAGCUCUUAUGGGGCAUAUCAGAGGAAACAGGACUUACCUUCUAUCGACAAAUUAUGUCGAAACGGACUGCAACUUUAGUUUGUACAUUUUUUCGUAAUAUUAGUGACUUGGAAUCUGACAAAAAAGUCGUCUUUGCAAGAAUACCUGAUAUUGCUUUCUCUUGAGUAUAUGUACUUUGUCCUCACUUUAAAAUAAUUUAUUUUCUUUGAUUUAACAGGUUUCUUUGACAGUUACCCAUUGCCUUGCAUGGAGCCAAUUGCAAAUAGAUGUUUGUUAAAAAAGAAUAUAGAACAGGUUUUAUUUUACUUAACACGCUGGUUCAAGUCAUCCCCCUUUUGUAACUGAAUACGCCCAUGAAUAUCAGGUCACUUAGUAUCGAUUCAAUGAUCCUGGCUGGGAUGAUCAGAUCAAUUAAAAAUAUUUCUGGAGGAAAUGAUUGAAUUCACCUGUUAUUUACAAGAGAUUUUCGGUGAAAAUGUCAACAGAAGUCGAAUUCCUGGAAAUCAGCUUAAAAAACGGAACCCCUUACACCUAUUUUCAGAUUGCUGCUUUGGCUUAAAGUUCAUAAUGUUAGUUCGGAGAAUUUGAUAUUGGAUCAACAAAAAAAUCCCCUAACUGAUAUUUUUCUUCAUCCUCUUUGCUUGUCUGCAUAAUAUUCUCCCGAUGUUGUCAGGAGAAAUUCUGUCUAGGUCAUAUAUGGGAAUUCAACGGUUAACAUCGUUGCCGGUACAGGCUUCCUUUGAACCUACCGACCCCAUGUUUUGUAUUCAAUGCUGACAUAAUGAUUAUGAGAAGCUUAAGAAUAUAAGCAUACAACCGCAUUUUGUUAAAAUCAGUUGUUAUACUGAUUUCGCAACGAGAAUUACACAAAACUUUGCCGGAACAUUGAGGGCCUCUUCGUAUGAGCCCAAUCGACCGGGCUGGCCCGCUUGCCGGCACGAAUUUCGCCCUGGGUUCAUAUAAGAAAACUCAGCCCGGUUUCCGAGAUGAGAAAAGGUCGAAGAUCCUUGGGACGAGUUUUGGCGCGAAAUUAAAAAAACAAAACACAGAUAGCGAAACGCAACCGAGUUAUUACUUUUACACCUAUCGUGGCUUUGGCAACCCUUGUAGCUGUAAACGGAGAUCCCGGUUGGAAAAACCUAGAUCUCGGUAACCGAGCCGGGCCGCCCUCUCAUAUGAACACAUAGAAAAUUUUACAAAGGAUUUAGAGGUAAGGCGAGAUCUCGGAAACCGGGCCAGCCCAGUCAACCGGACUCAUAUGAAGAGGCCCUAAGUUGCAAUUUAUAAAUUAAUUUUUUAAUUUUUUAAUUACUAUUUUCGGUAUCUUUUUUAUUGAUUUAAAUAAUUAAUUUCUUAAUUUAUGUUCUCUUGGUUUAUUUACUCACCUAAUAUCUUUUUAUUCAUUCAACUAUUUUCGAUCGUCUUUCACACUUUAAAUUACAGUUAAAUUCUCAGAAGAAACUGCGAAAGUUGACGAUCUGAAAAAUUCAACCUUUCCUGAAGCUUAAACAUCGAUCUUCACACAGCACUUGGAUUCACUACCAUCCAAUUCAAUAAUAUUUGUGUUCCUUAAUUUAUCACGUUGCAGUGCUGUUAUCACAGUACCUUACAUUACACGGCCCCUUCGUGCUUGUGUUUAUGCCAGUAUCCGCCAAAAGUUUCGCACUGUUCAGGCAACAGGAUAUCGGUCAGCUCAGGAAAGGGCUUGAACUUGAUAAAAAAAAAUGUACUUCUGUUAUCAAAAUACGAUGGAAACUACAAUUGGUAGUAUUUUCUUACGAUAAGAAAAGCGUAAUUGUAGUCAUGUGGAAAGACAAGGAGUAUGAGUACAUCUCAAGCGCUUGAAAUAACUGAAUAACAAGAAGAAGCUCACUAUUCUUCGCUUGCGAACUUUCAGCCGAAAAGAAUAUGGAAAAAUCGUGUCUGGUCUGGGAACAGGCCCCUUUAACAGCAUUAUUUUUAGCUGAAUUCAUCGGCCAUCCUCCCCUGAUUUAACCAGUGGUAUGUGUUCGUAUCAGCCGUCUUCGAAGGUGGGACGGAGCAUAAGGCCGACAACAUUGAAGAGUAAAAUCGCUUCGAUUUCAACGAUCGAAAUGCGUCUAUUUUGACCAUACAACUUCAUCCUUUGGAAAGUAGUGUAUAGAAAUACCCGGUGUAUGUGUAUAAUUCUUGUAUAGCUAACAUCAUUUGGAGCACCGGCCACGCAAUAAGUUCGUCCUUUCUUAUAUAUUUUUCCUUUCUCCACCAUAGUUGCCGACGUGUUUCCACAACUUUCUACGUCACAGCCAUGUAACAUGAUGGUUUUGGCCGCGCGCUAAAUGGGACACUUUUUGACAACCAAAUUGUGCUUUCAAUGGGAAAAAACAAAUGGUAAAGGAGAACUGCUAGGCAUUAGGGUCGAUUAUUUCAAAUUUCAAAUUUCAAAUUUCAAAUACCGCACCAACCAGAAAACGCAGAAAAAGAAAAAAUUAGUUUAAGAUGUAAGUAAGAGUUUCCAAACACUUUUGAGAGAACAAUUGUUAUACGUCUCUUUCGCCGUUUUCAAGUACUUUAAAAGAUCAGACUUCAGAGCAAUAUGACACGUAUCUGUCAAUAAAAAUGCAUAAAAGCAAUAUUAUAGUUUUUAAAAACCAUAUAUGAUUCAUGCAAAAAAUAAUUUCAAUUUUAGAAACACCUGUUUGGUUUGUGGUGAGGGCAAGAAACACUGUGGCAUUUCCCGAGCGCACUUUUUAUCUUCUGUUGUCGUUGUCUACCAUCUUACCAUGAAUGAUAGCUAUCCGCGGGAACUUCUCAGCAGUACUGCAUCCAUCGUUCUAUCAUUGUGGUUUUCCUUUUCUGGCUUAGUAGCUGUGACUGGAAAUGCAGCUGUCCUGUGGCUGUUUUGCAAACAUGACUCAUUUCGAACAAUUUCCAACCGAUAUUUAGCCUCCCUAUCCGUUGCAGACCUUUCAGUCGGGCUUUUUGUGGACCCACUGUGGAUUGUCAUCAGAUGUUGGAUUAAGCCGAAAGUUCCCACAGUUUUAUACGACAUUAUACAAGUGUUGUGGGUUUACACCACCGCCGCCACUACUUUCAACAUUUGCUGUGUUUCCGUCGACCGGUUUAUUUCCAUUCGGUUUCCUUUCCGUUAUCAGGACAUUGUGACCAAGAAAAGAUGUUACGCGCUUAUAAUUUUGGUGUGGUCAAUCUCCUUGGGUCUUUCCUUCUCGAUGCUUUUCCAGAAUGGUGAAAAUGUUGAAAUAUUCUUUUUGUCGUUACCAAGCAUAAUCUUCGUUUUUCCAUUGUUAGUUGUCUCCUUUUGCUAUAUUAGUAUUUUCAAGGCUGCCAGAAAACAAUAUAAAACAAUUUCAGUGCGGGUAGGUCCGCAAAACUGCGACGAAAAUAUCAGACUUCUUUUCUUGCAAAAUUUCAAAGCUAUGAAAACAGUCGGUUUUGUUUUGGGUGCUUGUGUUAUCACAUGGAUGCCUAGUUUAGCUCUCUAUAUAGUUAGCUCUUACCAUCUCCAUGUGACAGACCAGAGUAUGACUUUUAACUCAUUGGUCGAUAUUGCGUGGCCUUGGGCUGAGGCAAUCGCUUUUACUUCAUCAGCGAUCAAUCCAUUCAUAUACUACUUCAGAAACAGCGAAUUUCGCCGAGUUUUUCGCCGAUACUUCCAGCAGCUGCCCUGUCGUCACGCGAAUAUUUCAAUCGAUAAUGACCUGAAACCAGGAGGAAACCGAAUGGUACGAGAUGGAAGAACUAAUCGGAACUUAGCAUGUAAAGAGAAAGAGAAGUGA